AUGGCUUUAUCCCAGAUUCAGUGUCUGGAUGACAACCACGUCAACCCGCGGACGCACGAGUCCAAACCGGAGUUCCUCUACUGCGAGGAGCAGCGGCUCGCGCUCGAGGCGCUCCUGCGAGAUGGUCGCGAGGCGUUCGCCAAGUUCCUGGAAGCGCGCGGCCUACGGGGUUUCCUGUCGGACCUGGAGCGGGAGACCCUCACCGCGGCGGCUGAACCUUUUGACCCGGACUCGGAGGUUCUCCCGAGGGACGCGGACGACGAGCGCACGCCGCUGUCGCUGCAGUACUGGCCGGAGCUCUCGGACACGUCCGUCCCGCAGCUGGACCUGGGCUGGCCGGACUGCGACUCGUACAGAGGCGUGACGCGGACCUCCGUGUACUCGCAGCCUCCGCUGGAAGGUCAGGUCCACAUCAAAGAGGUGGUCCGAAAGAUGAUUGCGCAGGCGCAAAAGGUGAUCGCAGUGGUGAUGGACGUCUUCACAGACGUCGACAUCUUCAGGGAUUUGUUAGAUGCUGGUUUUAAAAGGAAGGUGUCUGUUUACAUCCUGCUGGAACGCACAACGCUACCUCAUUUCCUGUCCAUGUGUCAGAGGGCCGGCAUGCACGCUGGCCACCUCAAGCAUCUUCGUGUCAGCUGCACCGGAGGCGCUGAGUUUUACACUCGGCAGUGCAUUAAAGUCACGGGGCGAAUGGGCCACAGAUUCAUGUUCAUCGAUGGCGACAAAGCUGUUUCUGGGUCAUACAGUUUUACCUGGAUGGCUUCACGGCUGGAUAGAAAUCUUAUCACUGUGACUACGGGCCAGGCUGUGGAUGCAUUUGACCAACUGUUUCGCUUCCUGUACUUGACGUCCAGGGCUGUUGACCUCCGAAAAGUUGCAACAGAGCCUGAGCCUGAGCCAGACUCUCGGCCCCAGGUUGCCUCUGUGGUAGCUCCUUCUGCUGCUGUUGCUAGAAAAUUGCACAACCCUAAAUACGCCUUGGUUGCUUUAACCAACCCCAGCCCCGCCACCUCAGCCGGCAAUGAUAACCCUAAAGAGCCCAAAACUUCAGAGAUGUCCAAAAAGAAGGAGCAACGAAGGCUGAGUGUGGAUACUCCUCUCCUUCACCCAGGACUAAUUCAUCUAGAAAAAGCCUACUUAAUCCCAUACCUUCCCACCUGGCCAGAACCUGACCCCCCAAGCGAUGUAAUAGGGUUCAUUAACAUUCGGGAUGCUAACAAAUGUACACAAGUCCAUCUGCAACGAUCUGAGAGGUUUGAAAUCAGCCAAGCAAUCAAGUUUAGCAGCCCGCUCAGCAAGCCACAGCAACCUUUGCCAGAAGUUGCAACUCCUAGACUUAAACAUGACGAAAUUAAUAAACUCCCACCAGCACAAAAUGAACUCAAAGCUAAGGAGCUGGUGGUCAAUACUACAGUUACUGGUCAAAGCAAAAGUGAAGACAAGACAUCUAAACAAACAUCACCUCCAUGUAGUCAAAAGUCUGUACUUCACGAGGACAAAACUAUGUCUCUAAAGGAUGAGAAUAAACUUUGUUCAAACACAACCACAAACCCAGAUGCAAGCUGUGAGACACUCAGUGUCAGUCAAGAUACACCACCCCAAACAAGCAAUAAAUCCCUCUUGUCUAAUAAGGAAAGAGCCUCAGACAAAGCUGAAACUGUUUCCACAACUAGUCUGAAGUCAGACUUUCUCACUCCACUCGGCAAGCCCCAAGACAUUUUACCAGAGGAUGCAGACAUGACGCUGGAGUCUACAUCAGCUGAGAGUCCAGUGAGCGUGGAACGCAACCCAACUCUGCACUUGAUAGAAAACAGAAGAAGCCGUCUGCCGUAG